AAUAUCUGGCAGUGCAAACGACUUCUGACCACUUCAGCCAAGUGGCUGGUGUGAGCCAUCAGUGCAAAACGGGAUGAAUCCUUCAAACAUGAAAUACAUUUCAGUCUCUUCCCCACCCACUUACACCACAAAUAACAUCGACGUCCCUCCAAAAAUCCUCAUGCCUCCCGUUUUCCAACCUGCGAGCUGGGAAAGGGAAAGGAGCUCUGCCUCCAGUCUGGAGGAUUCCCAGGAUUCUGACUCGGACAGCCAGGAAAAGGAGAGGCAGUACCAGCUGGCACUCCUGGAAAAUCAGGAGCUGGUAGGGCAGGAUGCUGGUGACAUCCUGGAGGAUGACGUAGUGGAAGAGGACAGCUUGGAGGAGAUGAGUUCUGAAGAGAAAGAAGCUGAGUAUGACACAAAAAUGAAAGGAAAACCAAAGAUUUAUGGCAGUGGAAGGAAAAAGCUGCCUCUGGAUGAAUAUUCCAGCCUGAGGUACAAUCCUCAUUGGAAGAGUGCAAAAAUGGGAGCAGAUUUUUUUGAGGCAGAGAAGAAAUCCCAAAUUUUUGGAGGAAGCAGUGAGGACUUUUCACUGGAUUCAUUUUAUCUCCAUUGUGAUGGCUCCUCAGAAAAUAAUCAACAGGAGGCAAAGACCCAGGAUUCACUGCCAGGGUUUGGUCCCGAAUUAUUCAGUUUUUAUGGAGAAAAUGUGGCCAGCAACAAACCUGUUGGGCCACAAGCCAAAAGGAAGGAACCUGCAGAUGGAUUUCAUUCCAAAGAUAAUCCUGGCCGUGCUUUUCCUCCCCAGAAUCAACAGGAUCCACCCCAAAAAGCAAAAAAAAACUUUGUGAAAAAAAACAAACGGACUUUGGGGUUACACUCAGAGAAGAUUAAUUCCUAUCUUGAGCUGCACAAUAAAAAGCAGCAAGUUCUUCAAGGGCAGGUCACAGAUCCUACACCAGUUGUUGAAGAACCACUCCAGAAUUUCCCAGCAUUCCAGACUGGGAAAAUGAAAUCUGAAGACAAACGGUACCCAAAAGGACAGCAGCUCAAGAGGAAUAAAACAGAAUCCCAGCAGCCUCUCAGUGGAAGAGGAAAAGCUUUCCCAAGGAGUGAUGGCCAGGAACCCCCAGGAGGAGCAGCAGAAGCAAAGCCUCGGGUCCAGCAAACCCCAGAAUUUCAGGCUGCUCCCCCCGCAACGAAUCCAAAUUCUUCUCCUGGCCCAGCAGAAAAAUCCCAAAGUGGCUUAAAUAAUUUCCCAAAUUCAAUCCUUACCACACCUGCCUCUCAUUUUCUCCCAAUAUUCCAGAAUUUUUACCCAGCAGAGGUUUUAAAUCCUGAGUAUGGCAGUAAGGAGGACAAGAAACACCAGCAGGACUCUCCAGCUGGAAUUCCACAUCAAUUCCCAGCCAGUGCCAUCCCUGGGCAGGGUUUUUCCAGGAAUAAGAGUGACCAGGCACAUCCAGAAUUGGGGAAUAUUUCAUCUGAUUUUAAUGCAAUUUUUCAAGAAAAGGUGAAGGAUCAAGCACCGCUUCCAGAUUUCAAAAAUCAUAUUCAUGAGGAUAACAGUUCACCAACAGCUGCUUGCAGAAUCUCCCAUUUUAGAGAAAAGAAGGAGCAGCAUCGGCCAAGAAUUUCUGAUUUUGAUGAUUUUGCUGGCACGUGGCUCUGGGGUUUGUUCCCACCUGCCCAGCCCCAGGUACAGAGGGGAUCCCAGGGAGAUUCAGGAAAAGCUGAAGGAAACCCAAGGAAAAUGAGACGAAGCAGCUCAGAAGGAUCUCUCCUGCAAAGGGAAAAGCAAAACCAGCCCAAAGCCAUCAAAAAGCUGGGUAGCUCCAAAUUCUACUUCAAUCUGAGUAUGAAGCUUGGAGGCCUUGGACCUGACUAUGAAACAAUCAAAGAGAAAAAAGAAAAGCUAAAGCUGCAGAAGGAAUAUUCCAGGCAAAUUAAGGAAUAUAACAUGAAGAAUAUUACUGUGCUGCAGAGGUUUUUGCCUGUAAAACCCCAGGUGUCUCCAGGGUGCAGACACAAGGCUCUGGAAUAUGCCAAGAAGAUUCCAAGACCAAAGACCUUCAUUGCGAGGCAGCCAGAGCAAGAGGUGAAGGAGGCUGUGCCCCAGGCUCCAGCUGGAACCAGGUUCCCCAAAAUCCCAUCCCUGGAAUCUCUGUGGAGCAGGCACGAGAAGGAGAAGGAAGUUGUGGCUGCUUUCAAAGCCCUUCACAUUUUAUAGGUAUUUUGGGAAAUCUCAGGGAUCAAGGCAAAAUUGCCUCAAUUGUUUUAUUUUCAGCUGUGACCAUCGUAUUUUCAUUUCCCAGUCUGCUGAAAUUUAAACUGGUUUAAGUUUAAUUAUUUUUAAAUAUUAGGAUUGUACCUAUUUUGUUUAAUAAAUAGUCCAUUUGCACUUAUAUUGUUGUAAAUAUAAUCCUCUGUUCUUUUUCUUUGAAAUAAAGGAUCUGACAGUUGCA